AUGAAAAAAAUAUGGGGCUUAGUUCGCUGGCUGGUGACCGACACACUGUGCCUGACCACCGAGCGGUAUGCUGGCCUCCGAACGUACCGUCCAACACCGCGCCGCCUCGGCGAUACUAAAACGAUUAUCAUUAGGGAGCUUCAGCACUUACUCUCUUGUACGUAUAGUGUUCAUUCAUCGCGACCGCCCACAGAACGCCCUCGUGCCGCGCGCUCUAAAUACCCGCCCAUCGUCAUCGCGCGAGACGCUCCGUGUUCCCUGCUCUUAGUCACGGCGAUCGCAAAUCUGUCACUGGACGUGUUGCAGACCGCUCGUCUAUUAUGCGUGUAG